AUGGCUGACCUGCUAACAUGGUUCGCUGAAUUCAGACUUCAUCGCGCAAAGCUCACAUUUAUUGACAUCAUGCAAAAGUCCACGCGAGAGUUAAAGACCGGAUGGUCUAUGAAGCAGGCGGGUGACAUUCCUAAUGAGUGUUGGAUUCCAGUGGAAAAGGUUCCUAGCCAAGUCCACAUUGAUCUCAUUGCAAACAAAAUAAUACCCGAUCCAUUCGUGGAUGCGAAUGAACUUGCGGUACAAUGGAUCGCUGAGAAGGACUGGGUUUACCGCACCAAGUUCACAGUCCCGUCUUCCGAAGGCACCAGAACGGACUUGGUAUUCCUUGGCUUAGAUACAUUUGCUUCUGUGACUUUAAAUGGAACAACAAUCUUGGAGGCGGAGAACAUGCAUACUUCACAUAGGGUGAAUAUCUCCAAGCUUGUUCGAUCAAGCCAAGAAAAUGAGCUCCAGAUUGUGUUUCAAUCCGCACUCCUCCGUGGGAGAGAGGUGUUCGAUCAACACCCAGAGCACGUCUUUCACGUGCGCCAGACUGAAGCAAGUCGUAUCCCUGUACGUAAAGCGCAGUACAACUGGGGCUGGGACUGGGGUCCUAUCUUGAUGACUGCGGGACCUUGGCGCCCGGUUGUACUUGAACAGUACACUGCCAGGAUCGACGAUGUAUGGACACAAUACGAAAUAUCUGCAGACAACAAAACUUGCUCUACAACUCUAUACGCUCGAGUGGGGGCAGGUGCAGAGGAAGGAGACACGGUCCUUUUAUCGCUGUUUAGCGCAGACGAAGCAGUCUUCGAGCAGAAAUGCCACAUUGGGGCUGAUGGGUUGGUAAACGCCGCUGUGGAGCUUGUUUCACCCUCUCUGUGGUACCCUCACGGUUAUGGAUCGCAGUUCCGCUACAGACUGUCCGCUUGUCUUAUCCGCGGGGAUGCCAGACUAGAUGAGAAGACCAAACUCGUCGGGUUCCGGCGGUGUCAACUAGUGCAGGAAAAAGACGAGUUCGGCAAGUCUUUCUACUUCCGCAUUAACGGUGUUGAUAUCUUCGCUGGUGGGUCGUGUUGGAUCCCUGCCGACAGUUAUCUUGCCCAAGUAUCCAAGGAUCGUUAUGUCGACUGGAUGAAACUCAUGGUGGAGUCCAAUCAAAUAAUGAUUCGCGUAUGGGGCGGUGGAAUAUAUGAGGACGAUGCCUUCAUGGACGCAUGUGAUACGUUGGGCAUCUUGGUCUGGCAUGACUUUGCCUUCGUCUGCGCCAGCUACCCAGUCUACUCCUCCUUCCUUCAAUCCGUUGAGGAAGAAGUACGACAAAACAUUAGGAGGCUGAGAUCUCACCCAUCUUUGGUAAUCUGGGCGGGAAACAACGAGGACUAUCAGGUCCAGGAGAGAUAUAUGCUUGAGUAUAAUCAGGACGACACCGACCCAGAGUCAUGGCGACAGUCGACCUUUCCAGCGAGGUAUAUAUAUGAGCAUUUGCUGCCAAAAUGGGUGCAGGAAGAGGACCCGUCCACCAUCUAUCACCCUGGAAGCCCUUGGGGCGAUGGCAAACACACAACUGACCCAACCGUGGGCGAUAUUCAUCAAUGGAAUAUCUGGCACGGCCAAAUGAGCAGAUAUCAAGAUUCUGCGGAGCUUGGCGGGCGUUUCGUGAGCGAGUUCGGAAUGGAAGCCUACCCUCACCUCGAAUCCCUUCGCCGAGUAAUCACCGACCCACGGCAACAGCACCCUGGCUCGAUGAUGAUGGACUUCAGAAAUAAAGCUGGUGAUCAUGAGCGCCGCUUGAUGACCUAUAUUUCCGAAAACUUCAUUGUACCACCCAAUCUCGCAUCCUUCACCCACAUCUCCCAGAUCCUGCAAGCUGAAACGAUGCGCUAUGCAUACAAAGCCUGGAGGCGGAGUUGGGGACAACCGGGGGUCGACAAUGUGGUGAAGCCUGCAUUCUACGCCAUAUCUCGAGCUUUGAGGCCACUUGAUGUGGGCAUAUCUCGUAGCUGCCCGGUGUGGACUUCCGGUCAUGCCGAUCCAAUGUCUACCAACUCAUGCGAGUUCGAUCUGUGGAUUGCGAGUAGCCGCCAAGAGGCAGUUGAAGUUCAGGUCAAAGUCAGAUUUAUUUCCAUAAGGUCGGGUAAGCUGGUUAGUGAGACUAUCGAUAUCACAACACUAGCAAGCCCCAAUUCCACGACAGAGGUCCUUGAAAAGCAACGCGUCAAUGUACCCGUGACUUGUGGGAGCGCGGACUACAAGAAUCUGGAUCCAUUCAUCAUUCAUGCAGAGUUAUAUAUUGAGGGACUAGUUGAGGCAGCUGACACUGUUUGGCCGCAGCCCUUGAAGUAUCUGAAUUUUUCGAACCGGAAUGUUAGGGUUGAAGCCUCGCUAUCCCGAGGCGAGGUUACUGUUUCGGCGGACCUUCCAGUCAAAGGAUUCGUGUUUGAGGAGAGAGAAGGCUUGAAGCUGAGCGACAAUGGAUUUGAUCUUAUACCCGGGGAGAAGAAAAUUGUUACUGUGAGUGGAAAAGGUGCAGCGACCACAGAACUCCCAUGGACAUACGUUGGUGCAAAGCCACACCAGCUGGGAAGAAAUCCUAAACUAUGA